AUGGCUCUACCACACAAAGAAGAACCAUGGCUGGUACAGUUCCACGGCGAGAGAAACCAGAGAUCACAAACCUUCUACAGCAUGUCCCAGAGAAGUCACCACGUCGAGAGCAUCCCCGAGAUACGGUCCCAUCGCAUCGCCGCCACUUCUCAUGGCUGGUUGCUACUAAUUUGGGAUUGCAGAGAAUACGACCACGAUUGCUUCCUGCUGAACCCUGCCACCAUGGAGAAGAUUCAGCUGCCCGAUUGGCCCGACCUCGACUCUACCUACCAAAACUGCAUCCUUUCUUCUCCUCCUACCGCGCCUGAUUGUGUCGUUUUGUUCACCCUGAGUACAGAUGAGGAAACCACCUUUCUGUACUGCAAACCGGGUGAUGAUGAUUGGAAGAGACAACAACUCCACACUCGUUGCAGUUGUGAAGUCGAAAGAGAGUUAGAAGCAGAACCCCUCCAAUUUGCAGCAAUGACCACCUUCAGAGGCGAGAUCUGUGCUAUUGCAUAUUGCUGUGAUACCCUCUUCAAGGUCCAGAUCAAUCGAAUUGACGAUGAUGGUGGUGGCUCCUGCUCCCUGAGCAUAGUCGAUGUGAACGUUACCAAACCGGAUGCUCUGUUUCAUCAUUACAUCAGGGCCGAUGUAGAUUCCAGAAUUUACAUGGCGGAGUCCUCUUCUGGCGAGCUUAUCAUGGUUGAGGCAAUUUAUUGCAAUGGUGACUCAAUUGACGAGGAGGAUCCUGAUAGGGACACUAGUAUGAUGACCAUUGAGCUGUAUACCGUGAAUUUCGAGAGAAGGGUUUGGGAAAAGGUGGACUCUUUGCCUGAAGAUUGUGCCAUCUUCAUCGGCGCCAGUGGAGAUACGAUCUUGUGGUAUGAAAUCCCGAGAGAAGAUCUGGAUGCAGGGCUUGUUCGCGGGAAUACCAUCUACUUUGCACAGAAGAAUGACAGGUACCUUUAUUCGUACGACGUUCAGGAGAGGAGAUUGAAUGUCUCGUUACCUUGCCCCGACGUGAAUUGGGGUCAUCCUGAACAACAAUGGAUCCUAACUCAUGGAUGGCUUUCUUCACCAACUGAAUUUACCCGGCCAGAAGUCGUAGCUUCUGAAGUUGAGGCUGCUCCUGCUAGCCAGGGGAUUACGUUGAUCGACAGUAAUAAUGUUGGAGAUGGAUGGUCUGGAGUUCCAAUUGACAAUCUACAGGGAGCUGAUUGUCGUUGCUUCCAUCUCGACUGCGAAAAAUGUCAAUUUCAUGAUCAAUUGUCGAAUCAUCGACUCCCCUACCUCGUGCACAUAGGACAGGAUGGUGAACUGGUCAAUUUCUACAACCCACUAACCAAUGCCACCAGCAUCUCGCCUCUGAAAGGUCUGAAUUUGACAGGCGCGGUGAUUCGUUGCUCCAAACACGGAUGGCUGCUCAUGUCACAAGGAAGUUGGGGUGAACAAGUGUUCUUCCUCAACCCUUUCACCGGCGAGAGGAUCGAUCUACCCGAAUUGGGCAGCUACGAGUUCGAGGGGAUCGCUUUCUCUUCUCCUCCAACAUCGUCGGAUUGCGUGGUUCUUGGCUAA